AUGUCCGGCAAUCUCUCCCUCUUCACCAUCAACGCCAUCCUCAUCAUCGAUCAGGACGGUAAUCGCGUACUCGCAAAGUACUAUUCCGCCCCCCACCCCACUGCUCCCGGCGAGCCAGGUUCGAAUCCUUAUCCUACCCUCAAGGACCAGCAGAACUUCGAGAAAGGCCUCCACUCUAAAACCUACAAGCAGUCCUCCGACAUAAUCCUCUACGACAACCGUAUCGUAGUCUACAAGCCCGAAUCCGACGUAACCCUCUAUGUCAUCGGUGCUCUCUCCGAAAACCCCAUAUUACUGUAUAACGUCGUCCUGGCUCUUCGAGAUGCUUUAAGUAUUCUAUUAAAGAAUACUACGGACAAGAGAACUAUUAUUGAGAAUUAUGACCUUGUCAGCUUGGCUAUUGAUGAGAUCGUGGAUGAUGGUAUUGUGCUGGAAACCGACCCAAGUGCUGUCGCUGCUAGAGUUAGCAAGCCGCCGGCGCAUGAGUUGAAUCCUCAGAAGUUAGACUUCAGCGAACAGGGAUUGUACAAUGCAUGGAAUAUCGGCAGCAAGAUCAUUGCAAACAAACUGCGAGAAGGCUUAUAA